CAUUUUGAGCCUACUUUAAGAAACACAUGCCUUAACUAUAUUAUCUUAGGGAAAUUGGGUAAAUAUACUUUAAAAUUCUGAAAACUGGAGGUAGGCCUACCACAGUAUACGCUCUGUACAAUAUAACCACUCCUGUUUUCAUACCCGUCACCCAAGUAUGUUUAUAAUCUCUACACAUUAGGUGUUCUAUACUCAAGGUGCUUAACAUGUCUUUAACAAUGAUAAUACAUUUUAUUUGACAGAUGCCUUUCAGGACACUCAAGGAUACCAUCCUUUAGUAGUACAUAAAAUCAAAUAUAUCAAUCAAUAGUUCCGCAGGGAUGAACUGGUCAGCACUAGAGAGCCUCCUUAGCGGGGUCAACAAGUACUCCACAGUGUUCGGCCGUGUGUGGCUGUCCAUGGUAUUUGUGUUUCGUGUCAUGGUGUUCGUGGUGGCCGCCCAGCCCGUGUGGGGAGACGAGAACAAGGACUUUGUGUGCAAUACCAAGCAGCCCGGCUGCACCAACGUCUGCUACGACAGCAUCUUCCCCAUCUCACACAUCCGCCUGUGGGCCCUACAGCUCAUUUUCGUCACCUGUCCCUCUCUCAUGGUGGUGGCGCACGUCAAGUACCGCGAGGGGAAGGAUUCAAAGUAUACUGCCCAACACCAGGGCUCUCACCUGUACGCCAACCCAGGGAAGAAACGUGGAGGCCUGUGGUGGACCUACCUGGUCAGCCUGAUCUUCAAGGCCGGGUUUGAUGUAGCCUUCCUCUACAUUCUCUACUAUAUCUACCACGGGUAUGACAUGCCACGUCUCUCCAAGUGUGCCCUGGAGCCUUGCCCCAACACAGUGGACUGCUACAUCUCCAGGCCCAUGGAGAAGAAGAUCUUCACCAUCUUCAUGGUGGUCUCCUCAGUACUCUGCGUCUUCAUGUGCAUACUGGAGAUGUUCUAUCUGGUGGGCAUGCGCUUACAGAAGGUGCUCAAAGUAUGGCAGGCCAACGAGAGACUGCUCUUUGCUGAGCGCCAUAAGGUCACCAACAUUGCUCUGCCGAGGUCAUCGUACAUCAGGGUAGAUCCAACUAUUGGGAGCCAGCAGAACAUCAACAGACAGAAGAAGGCAGAGGAGGCUGCUGCCACAGACCUGUAGCCCUGAUCUGUAUGAUUUUGGUGCAUAUUGGGACUGUGCAAGAAUCAUGAAGAACAGAAGGACCUUACACAGGAAUUAGAAGCUUUAUAAAUGGACUCCUACAUGUACAGAUAACUGUGGUGUGUGUCUGCUUGUGGUUCCUUGUGUUUUUUGUUUACUUUUGUUUGUUUACUUCUGUUGCCGUUUGUUUACAUAGCUUACAAUUGUUCAUCUAUUUUUUAUGUUUCAGCACUGUAGCACUAAUUAUUUAGUACUUACAUGAUAUUAUGUCUUAUUCAUAUUUUUUUGUUUUAGCCACUUCCUUGACUUGAAGAGUAUUUCAAAUCCCCAACCUCGUCAAGAUAGAUUUAUAGUACAGAACAUCAACGUACAUUUUAAAUAGCUUUCCCAAUAUUUAACAUCCAGAGAUUUAAGGGUUUAUAGUAAAAUGGCAAAAUCAAAUACAGACUUUUUGCACAGCAAUGUUUUAUAAAUGUUUAAUAUUCAAGAACCGUGUGAAUUUUUGUCUUUUCUUUAAAUUCUUUACAGAUCACUUAUCGAUCUUGUAUUUCGGGAAGUAAAAGUCUGUAUGCGUGAAAUAAAUUAUUGUAUUUUUAAAGAUUGAA